AUGGCUCUCACAUUACUAGUUAACGCCGUUCUCCUCGCCAUCCCACUGGGAGGCUCCGUGGGCACCCUGGCCGGCAUUGACGCGCAUCUCGCGGCGACCGGCCAAAAGCCGCUGUUCAGUAGCGACGGCACCUCGGACGGAUCUGGAGGCAGCUCAGGAGGCAGCACAGGUGGUGGCUCUGGAGGCUCUGGAAGCACCACGAAUAAUGGCCUCACCAACACCCAAUACUGUGAAUUAUCCUACGGUAUCUCUCCGCCGUCACAAGGAGAGCAGUAUACACUCAAUCCCAACCAGUGGGGUGUUACCGACUCAACGACGGGUGCUCUGUGCAUGAAUGUGACCACUUUCAACAAUGAGACCUAUCCCACCAAGACCACAGCACCGGACUGGUCGGUGACCUGGCAAUUCGCAGCGGGCCCCGAGACCCAACCUGUGCACGCCUUCCCUAAUAUCCAGAUCGAAGAUGUCCUACCCCUGGCGCUUGACAAAAUGGAGGAGAUCGACUUUGCUCUCCACUGGACCUACGGCGUGGGCAACACCGUUGUUGAGUCCUCCGACCUAUCCACACUCAACAGCGAAUCCCUUCAGUGCAAUGUUGCCGUCGAUAUGUUCUUCGACAGCGACAAGACCACUGCCCAGAACAGCACCAGCGCCAACUUCGAGGUCAUGGUGUGGUUUGCGCGGUUUGGUGCCUCGACCGAUCCCAUCGGGUAUGCGGAAGGUGUGGUCACAAAUCAUACGAUUAAUGGCACAGUAUUCGAGCUCUACAGUGGCACGAAUAGCAACAGCCAGAAUGUCCUGACGUGGAUUGCCUCGGAGACGACGGAGCAGUUCCAGGGGGAUAUUUAUCCGUUGAUUACAGAUCUCUACACCCUAUCAGGAAGUGUCUAUCCGUCAAAGGAAGACUACAUGGGUAUUUUCCAGUUUGGUACCGAAGCAUUCUCUUCGAACGCCAACGUCACAUUCGGGGUAUCAGAGCUGUCCAUUGACAUUAAGAAGUCAUGA